UGUUCUUGCAGGAAAAGGUGGAAAAUCCUUCAUUUCGCACUACAAAAUACGUAUCGACAUAUAAGAAGACUUUCAUGCCCGUUCCAGACAUGUUCACCUGCGAUCCUUGGAACGCUCCUACAGUUGUUCCAGAUUCCUUAACGAAGCGUGCAAAGGGUCGUCCGUGAUCAACUCGUAUACGGAACGAAAUGGAUGCACCGUUGACGCGUUCUCGUAACACGUGUAGCUUUUGUGGAUUUAGUGGUCAUAAUAAGAAAACAUGCCCUCGAAGGUCAACAAACGAUCAUGGCGAUGCCGAGCCCAGUUGAUCCAUCAGUGCUUACGCUUCAGGCGAUACACAGGAGCUUAGCUGCGUGGGAGGGCUCCACUGCCCAAUUGGUUACUCGUCAGCACUACCAAGCGAGUACGUUACAGUGGGAGGUGGAUGUGACGGUUGAUAGACAUGCGCGAGCUUACAUCUUGUACCUGUUUGGAUGCAUCUUGUUUCCAGACAAGAGCGCCGACUCGGUACAGUUGAUCUAUCUCCCUCUACUGGGAGACUUGGAGCGCAUAGAUGAGUACAGUUGGGGAAGUGCUACCCUAGCGUAUCUGUAUCGUAACUUAUGUCGAGCAUCUCAUAAGGGUGCCAAGGACAUUGGUGGCUGCUUGAUGUUGUUACAGAUAUGGUCAUGGGAGCACAUUCAUAUAGGGAGGCCCAUUAUUCGGACGAUUCGACCCGAUGGGCUACAUGAUCAGGAAGAUGACGCGGAUGAUUUUGAACCAGUGUUAGGGUCACAGCAUCGGCGCGGGAUGGAUCCUUUAGCAGUAAGCUGGCUUCGCGUAUAUCUUUCGAGAUCCCACUCCCCACAUACUCUCGUCUACUACAGAGACGCACUUGAUCGACAAAGGGACGAGCAGAUGACAUGGCAGCCUUACACAGCGGCUAAGAUGGACGCUCUGCCGCACAUAUGUACAUCGGGCCACGAGAUUUGGAGAUCGCGUUGUCCACUUAUUUGCUUUGACAUCAUCAAGCUACAUCUUCCGGAUCGUGUCAUGCGUCAAUUCGGUUUGGAGCAGGUCAUUCCGCAAGGCUGUGACACCCAACCUCAACUACAUGCGAUCGAUCGGAGGACUGGGGACAAGAACUACCUCGUACGACAUAGAUCGCAUGUAGAUGUGUGGAAUGACCGAGCAUUUAGAUUGGUUCGAGGAGAUAACUUCACAGGUCAUAGCUCUGCUAUGUACAUGAGUUGGUACAGGCGUAUCUCCAUAUUACGCCUAACGAACACCACAUUUGCGCAGCCAGGAUCACAUUAGCAUCCGGCAUCUACGUUACUGGCUGAGCGUAUCCGAUCGGUGCUCAUACAACGCAAUGACACGAUUCAAAGGGCCUCUACAUCGCCAGUUGAUGUGGGGUAUCGGCUAUGUUCUCAGACCCUACGCUCCAUGAACGCGUCGUUGACCGAUGCA